AUGCCCACCUUCAAGAUCAUAUUCGCCCUGGGAUUCAGCCUGGUGGCAAGUGUCAAAGGGUCCGACCAGUCAAUUCUCGAGAACACAUUUAUUGUCAAGCUUUCGCAACACUCGGAACUGUCUCACCUAGAUGACCGCUCCCCGGACCACCACGAACUGUUCCACAAGCGGGCAACCGAUGCCUCCUUGAACUACACAAUUAGGCAUACUUAUGAUGCACCAGGGACCUAUGUUGGUUUAUCCAUUCAGGUCUAUAGCGGUCAUUCUCACGACAGUAUCCAAGCCCAACUCUCGACUAUAUCUGGCGUUGAAGAUGUUACGCCUGUAUUCAGGAUCACGCUACCGGACCCUACUCUCGCGAAUUCGACAAUCAUGGCUGAUCCAUCGCUGGUCUUCAAUGAUGCGACUGAUAUUCAUGCGGCCCCAAUGCCAAAAGCGGACGCCAAUCUUGGCUCUGCUCUACAAAUGGGUGGUGUGGAUAAACUGCAUGCUCUCGGUAUCAAGGGCAAAGGCAUCAAGGUCGGGAUCAUUGACACUGGAGUUGACUACAGGCAUCCGGCACUAGGUGCAGGCUUCGGCCCUGGCCAUAAGAUUGCGGGAGGAUAUUCCUUUUUAGGGGAUGAUGGGACACAUGCCAACAGCUCUGACCCACUGGUUACAUGCUUGAGCGCAGGACAUGGGACUCACGUGGCAGGAAUCAUUGGCAUGGAUCCGCUAGGAGAAACACAAGGAUACAACGUGACAGGUGUAGCCCCCGAGGCUGAGCUGUACAUGUAUCGUGUAUUUGACUGCAGUCAAUCUGGUGGCAGCGACGACAUCCUUGCCGCCAUGCUCCGAGCGGAGGCUGAUGGUGUAGACGUAGUGAGCAUGUCCCUUGGUAUCGGACAGGAACUCCCCUCUGGGAAUGAUCCGCUCACAGAAGUUACCGCCAAACUGCACGAGGCCGGCAUAGCAGUCAUCGUAGCGGCGGGUAACUCAGCCACGUGGAGCAAGUUUGCGACACAAAUGUAUUCUGAGGGAAUGCCUAGUGAGCUACCAGGAGCAAUCGCGGUCGGAGCAAUAGCCAACAAGAACUUCCCUCUCGUCUGGACCGUUGUCGACUCUAAGGGAUCUGUUAUACCAUAUGCUUCGCUGUGGCCAAUUGAGUAUCCGGAAGGGGCUGACCUAUACAUGAUCGACGAUGGUUGCAAUCGGGAGCAGUGGGACAAUGCCGUGGCCAUGCUUACAGACGAAGGCAAGCUCAAUUCAACAGUCAUCGGGUUUCGCGUCACAGACCUGUGUCGACCAGCGGAUGCGAGAAGCUGCUGCACGAUCACAGCACCAGUUUACAUGAUGGGAAUGUACUCCGAGACCAGCGUUCCCUACUAUGUGGACUAUGACGUCCCUUCGAGUGGUUACUUUGGCACCGCGCACUUCGCCGCGGUGAGUGCGAAUGACAGCUUAAUCUUGCUGGCAGGAUAUGAGGCCGCUGGUGGUUAUGGGAGCUACAAGCUAUUCUUCAACGACUCAAGCUACUCCAGUCCUCCGCAGUUCGUUGGCGGCCAGAUGGACUGGUACUCCUCGUUCGGACCCGUCUGGUUGAACUACACGAUGAAGCCCCAGCUUUCUGCUCCUGGUGGGCACACUUUAUCGACAUGGCCGCUAGGACCGCUGGGUGGCUAUACCAUCUUGUCAGGAACAUCCAUGGCUACCCCAUACGUCUCGGGAUCGUAUGCGUUGGUCAAAUCGCAGUUCCCUGAUCUUUCAGUCGAUGACAUUCUCGCUCUGCUACAGACAAACUCAAAGCCCGUCAAGUGGGUGUGGGACGAGAGCAUGCUCUCAGCAACGGUGCAGCAGGGUGCAGGAUUGGUCAAUCCUUACGAUGCCAUCAUUCCUCUUCCCCGAGUUUCCUACACAUUGCCGAAUGGAGAGACGACCAUUGAUACCAACAUCCUGGUGGUGAACUCCUCGAUGGCGUACAAAUCAAGCAUCAGCCGCGACCAAUACACGCGGUCGUACCGGGUUGAUGUCUUGCCUGCUGACACGGCGAUCAAGCCAAACAAGUACGGGUUUGACAAGACCGUUCAACAUGACUAUGUCAUAUCGAAGACGGGACCAAAGUCUUCGAUCUUCGGGUUCCCAUCCUACGGAACGAUUGCCAACGCGACAGGUCUGAUCCAGCCGGGGACAACGAUCUGGCCGUCAGGCACCGGCGUUACCGCUACAGCCCCGGAUGGCACGGUGUACUCGCCCGGAGUCGGAGAUUAUCGGUGGUUUGUCAGUGUUCUCAGGUGGGGAGGGGAUGAGAAUGUGCUUGAGGAUCACGAUACUUGGCUUGGGCCUAUUGUUAGAUUGGUCGAUGGUGCAGUCUAG